AUGAGCAGCAGAAGUAAACAGGUGACAGCCCUGGAGGCUCUGGGACUCAUCUUUGAUCAUGACAGUAAAAUAGAGGAGGAUGUAUCUGAAGAUGAAGACCAUCUUGAGGUCAAUUCUGAGUCUAAUGAUUCUGAUUAUGAACCAUAUGAGGAAACUGCUAAUAAUAUUCCUCCAAGCAAGACAUUCACAUCAAAAAAUGGCGAAAUACAGUGGUCUUCAUCCCCAAAUAUACGUCAGGCAAAACUAUCUGCAGAAAACAUAAUAGAGACAGUGCCAGGGCCUACUAGGAUGGCAAUGACUUGUGUGACAGACAUCAAGUCAGCUUUUCAGCUGGUCAUGCCCAACUUGAUACAGAAAAUCAUAAUCGAAAUGACUAAUCUGGAAGGAAGUCAUGUUUUGCGGGAGAAGUGGAAGGAGCACUCAGUAAUGCAUUUAUGUGCAUAUUUGGGGGUCCUCAUCCUGCCUGGUGUCUAUAAGUCAAAGGAUGAAUCAAUAGCCAGUCUGUGGGACAUAGAGACAGGUAGGGCUAUAUUUCAUGCCAAAAUGUCUCUGGAGACUUUUCAUAUUUUCUCCUUAGUAAUUAGAUUUGAUAAUCGAGAGACAAGAGCUGUCAGAUGGGAGGGAGACAAGCUGGCAGCUAUUAGGACAGUGUGGGACAAGUGGGUAGAGCAAAUGCCACUUCUCUAUAACCUAGGCCCUAAUGUCACAGUGGAUGAAAGGCUAGUGGCAUUCAGAGGUCGCUACCCAUUUAGGCAAUAUAUGCCUUGCAAACCAGCUAAAUACGACAUAAAACUCUGGGCAGCAUGUGAUGCAAACACCAGCUAUGCAAUGAACAUGCAGGUUUACACUGGAAAGCCGGUAGGAGGAGCCCCGGAGAAGAAUCAGGGUACGAGGGUCAUGUUUGAUAUGGCACAAGGUCUCAGAGGGCACAACAUAACCUGUGACAAUCUUUUCACAAGCUACAACUUGGGUCAGGAGCUUCUGAAGAGAAAGUUCAGAAUGUUCAGAACUGUCCAAAAGAACAGGGCUGAACUCCCUGCUGAACUGCUGGUAACCAAGAACAGGGUCCCUCAGUCUUCCAUGUUUGCCUUCACAGACACCACAGCCCUGGGGCCUCAUGUAUAA